AUGGACGAUAUUUCGCAGUCCGAGGUUCCGGGAACCAUCUUCAUCGUUGGCACGGAUUCAUCGAAGAUUGAAGAGCCGAAUGCCACUACAUCGAACAACAUCGUGCUCGUCCCCCGUCCACUCGAAACAGCACGAGACCCGCUGAACUGGUCCAAUCCCAAGAAACUAUGGACGCUCUUCCUGGCAACCCUCUUCGCGACCGUCGUGGCCUACGGCGAAAACAACCUCGGCGCCCCCUGGACCGAAGUCGCCGAGGACAUCGACGUCACAAUGAAAGACAUGAACGGGGGCAGUGCGCUCAAUUACCUCCUCCUCGGCUUCGUGAACAUCCUCUGGGUUCCGACGGCCAUGAAGCUAGGCCGCAAGGUUGUGUAUGUCACGACCAUUACGAUUAUCAUGGUGUCCAGUGUGUGGAUGGCGUAUGUCCAGGGCGUCGCGCAGUGGUAUCUGAAUUCGAUGGUCGGUGGGAUAGGGCAGAGUGCGUAUCAGGCGUUGAUUCAGCUUACAGUCUUCGAUAUCUUUUUCGCGCAUCAGCGCGGGACCAUGCUGGCCGUGUAUGUCUGGGGCCAGCAACUGGGUUCAAUCCUUGCCCUUAUCCUUGGUGGAUAUAUCGCCGAGGGGCCGGGGUGGAGGUGGAGUUCGAAGAUUGUUGCCAUCCUCUGCGGCUUCGUCGCGAUCCUGUUUAUCUUCACCAUGGACGACACCCUAUUCCCCCGCCAUGCCCUCAUCAGCUCCAACGCUGCUCGUCAACAGCCAUCCGCUGCUCCUCCCUCCACUACUGAUCCUUAUGCAGCGGAUGAUUCCGAAACCAAGAAAGGACCAACCACCGACCUGACCCGCCAGCCUACAGUAGGGCAAGGCCGUACCGAUCUCCUCCCGCGCAGCUACCUCCAAGUCCUCUCCCCAAUCCACCGGUGGAAAGAAGACAAGACAACAUGGUGGCAGUACUUCCGGCGCCCAUUCCACCUCUUCGCCUUCCCAAACAUCAUCAUGGCCGGCCUAAUCUACGCCUUCGCCAACACAGCCGGCAUCGUCUCCUUCAACACCAUCUCCGAAAUCAUGACCGAAGCACCCUACAACUGGUCCUCCGGCCCAACAGGGCUGAUGUUCCUCGCCGCCCUAAUCGGCUCGUUCAUCGGAAUGGCCACCGGCGCCCUAGGCGACAUCCUAACCCUCCGCCUCGCCAAACAAAACAACGGCUACAAAGAGCCGGAGAUGCGCCUGUACACGCUGGCCCUCUCCUUCAUCUACGGCGGCAUCGGCUACUUCAUGUACGGGUGGUCCGCGUCGAACGGAAAAUCGUGGGUGUUGAUUGCGGUCGGACUGGGCGGGAUGAUCGCGCAGCAGGUGUCGGCUGCGAGUGUGGCGACGGCGUAUGCGAUGGAGUGCUUUGAGGGGAUCUCGAGCGAGCUCGUUGUGGUGCUGGCGAUUUGCAGCUCGGUGGUCAACUUUGCGAUUUCGUAUUCGGUGCAGCCGUUCAUUGAGGCGACGGAUUAUGGGAGGACGUUUACGUGUUUUGGGGCGUUGGUUCUGGGCAGUAUGGUGCUGGCAGGGGUGGGGGUGCGCUGGGGGAAGAGUUGGCGGAGACGGUGUGCGGGGAGGUAUUGGAGGUUUGUGCAGGAGGGGGUUGUGAUCUGA